AUGCGUUUUUCAGGCAUCGCAGUAGCUACGCUUAUAGGCAGCGUUAGCGCAACGUUCAAGUUCGGCGAGCAGGAAGCAUUGGCAGCUGCAGGUGUAUUCAAUAUCGGACUCAAUGCGGCUUUCAAUGGCUACCCUAGCCCUGAUACGUGCACGUUGAAGAACGUGAGGGUGCGCAGAGAAUGGUCGUCUCUGGCUAAGAAGGAGAAGUUGAAUUACAUCGAUGCUGUCAAAUGUCUCCACGAGAAGCCUGCUGUGACGCCUUCGUCGAUCGCUGCCGGAGCCAAGAGUCGAUUCGACGAUUUUGUCGUUACCCAUGUAAAGCAGACGUACUGGGUUCAUGGAACUGCCAACUUUCUUGCCUGGCACCGCUACUAUAUCUGGGCAUACGAGGAACUUCUGCGUAACGAGUGCGGCUACAAUGGUUACCUCCCUUACCACAACUGGGCUUGGUGGGCUGAGGAUGUUUCGAAGUCUCCCCUCCUUGAUGGCAGCGAGACUAGCAUUGGGGGAGACGGGGAGUAUAUUGCAGGAAGGAAUUACACCUGUGUGGGGCAAAUCGCAAGUUGCUUCAUCAAGCUCCAGCCUGGCCAGGGUGGAGGUUGUAUCAAGAGCGGACCUAUGGCAAACUGGACAGCGAACCUCGGACCUAUUGACACCAAAUGGCACAACGUUCCCAAGAACCCUUCGCCGGAUGGUCUCGGCUACAACCCCCGCUGUCUCAGUCGUGACUUGACUAAGGACGCAUCCAUGGGUGCUACUGACAAAGUCAUUUCCGACCUCAUUAAAGACAGUAAGGACAUUCGUACUUUCCAGAAUCGGGUACAGGGUGACUUCCCAAAUCAGUAUAUCGGCGUCCAUUCAGCAGGUCACUACACCAUCGGAGGUGAUGCUGGCACUGACUUUUUCAACUCGCCGUCCGACCCAUACUUUUAUUUCCACCACGCUCAAAUCGAUCGUGUGUGGUGGAUCUGGCAGAACCAGGACAUCAAAAACCGCCAGUACGCUAUUGCUGAUACCAUAACCUUCUUGAACUCACCCCCCUCCCGCAACGGUACCCUGGAUGACGUUAUGUCUCUUGGAUCCAUGUUCGAGGCAAACUUUCCCAACAUCACCCAGCGCGACGGCAUGAAUACUCUUGCUGGGCCGUUCUGCUACAUCUACGCUUAA